AUGGAGUCGGACGACGAGAAAGAGAGGAAGAUCAACGAUGACGUGGUGACGUUCCUUCGCAAGCGGAGCGACCACGACGGGCCGCGCUACGCCGCUCGGAUCAAGACGUAUCUGGAGAUUAAUCGAAGACGCCGUCGCGCGAACGAGGCACGUCGCAACUCCGAAAAGGAAAAGGCAAAACAGAAGAACGGCGAUGCCGAACAGAAGGAUAAGAAUGGGGAGAACACGAGCCGGCGCGGCGAGAAAUGCAUGCACCGCAGUCGUUCAGGCUCCCAAGGGCACAUGGAGCCAGCUGAUGGCUGCUGUAGCAGGAAACGACGUCGGAGAUCGCGUGUAAGAUUUAGAGGGAUUUACAAAGUAUAUUACGACUUGUAUGAAACUAGUGUCGACGGCGGCGCCGCAGCCGCCGCAGCCGCCGCAGCCGCCGCAGACGCCGACGAAGCUGCAGCCGACGCCGUCGACGACGUAGACGAAGCUGCAGCCGCCGCAGGCGCAGAAGGAGCUGUCGCCGACGAAGACGCAAGCGCCGUCGCCGCAGACGCUGCUGACCUGACUGAACGUCUUGUUUCUGUCGACCCUGAUCUUUGA